AUGGCUUCCCGAUACAAGGACAAGGAGGCCGACGUGCUGGUCUCCUUAAAUGGACGAUGGGUGAGCUGGGCACACACAGCGGCGGCGUACUCGGCCUUUCUCAGUGCCCUCGUCGUAGGAAUCUCGCUCCACUACGAGAAGAUUGUCCAAAACGAAUGGUUCGGCUACCCAGAAGAGUGGUUCCCGUCCGUAUCAGCAACGAUCGGCGACAGAUACCCAGAACGAUCGUUCUUCAUGCUGUUUAUUGCUUUGACAUCCGCCUACACGAUUUACGCAUUUUUUGAGUGGUCUCUUGUCCUCUCCGACGUGGCCUUCGAUGCCGUGACAGCACUAGACUUUAAAUCGCUCGAUCUGAUAUGCCUUGCUUGGGUCGCCACUUUCACAUCAGCAGCCAAUCGUGAGGGCGUAACUGAGACCAAGGUCCUCGCUUUCACUCUCGGCUUGCUCAUGUCGAGCAUUGCAAAAUUCGCCUGGCACACAAACAAUCCUAUUUGGCCGAUCAUGCAUGCGGAAAAUGGCGGCUGGAACGCUACCGGCUUCUUUAUUGCCGUUAUUGCAGCACUGCGAUUCACGAGAAAGAGUGCCACUUUCAACAACCAUGCGGAUAGUCUCACAAAAGGCUCCAGCUUAUUGUAUGCUCUAAGCGUUGGUGGCCUUUUCUUUGGACUUCACUCUCUGCUGUCAGACUCUAGCACUAUGAUUUUAUGGGUAUGGGAGGGUUACCCAGUCCGGGGACCUCUCUCUAACACACACGCCCAUUACACAAUUUUCGCCAUGACCUGUGGUGCUGUGCUCGGAGUGUCUUCCCCUGCCCUGGUCUCGUCGUGGUUGGCUUUCGGAUUUGCAAGCGUAGGUGCUGGUGCGCUCACUUUGUCGGGCAACUGGCUCGGUUUCUACGGUGGCUUGAUCUUAGCGACAUACCUCACAGCCUUUGCAAUCCCUCUUCUCACAGCUGCGUCCAGAAAAAGCCCCGCCGUCGUAUUUGGUCUAGGCUUCCUGGUUUACAACUUUAUGGUACUCUUCCAUGUCUGGGUUGUCGCUUAUGCCUUUGUCCCUGGCGGACCACUGGUUCGCGAACACACGGAUUGGAUAAUGACAAUCACAAUGGCUUUACUUGGCUGUGGCGUUUUCAGUAUCACUGCAGCGGAGGCGCGUCCCUCCUCAUCCAAAUACCGGAAGCGCGGUUCAACUGCCGGACAACGCAAAUACUACUAUGGCGUCGCAGGAUUACUGAACAUACUGUUCCUCUGUGCUGCUUUUGGUCGUUUUCCCACAAACGACUUCCAGACGUAUCAUCCCGAAGAUCGCGUUCUGACCGCUGGUAUCUGGACGAUUCAUUUCAGCUUAGACAACGACAUGUGGAGUUCUGAACGGCGAAUGCGCGACUUGAUUAAGGAGGCAGAGUUGGAUGUGGUAGGCCUCCUCGAGAGCGACCUUCAGCGCAUUAUCAUGGGCAACCGUGAUACGACUCAGUUUCUUGCAGAGGACCUUGGCAUGUAUGUCGACUAUGGUCCAGGUCCAAACAAGCAUACGUGGGGCGCGGCUCUACUCUCAAAAUUUCCCAUCCUCAACUCAACACACCAUCUUCUUCCUAGCCCAGUCGGCGAACUAGCACCUGCCAUUCAUGCAACGCUAGACGUCUACGGAACACUGGUUGAUGUAUUCGUUUUCCAUUCGGGACAAGAGGAAGACCCGGGGGAUCGUAGACUUCAGUCAGAAUAUCUCGCAAAACUCAUGGGGUCUUCUCAUCGGCCCAGCAUCCUUCUCAGUUAUCUCGUCACGAAGCCGCUAGAAGGCAAUUACAACACAUACGUUUCCGGGACAUCUGGAAUGCAUGAUGUCGAUCCGUCUGACUGGGACAGAUGGUGCGAGUACAUUCUGUUUAAAGGCCUUCAGAGAGUUGGCUAUGCCAGAAUAAGCCGCAGUACUAUCACAGAUACCGAGCUUCAAGUUGCAAAAUUUGUUGUUCCGCACAGCAGCGAACGAGCGGCAUAUUUAUUCAACGUCGAUGAUGAGACAAGAAACAGACGGGUGCCUGAGGCCGAGGUUCCAGAGGGUUGGAGAUUUCCCGCACUUUUUAGAGGUGACGGCGUCAGAGGCCAUCGAUACCAUGUUUUUGACGAGCCAUGGUAUUACAACUAUUGA